AUGGCACGUGGGGAUGGGAGCCUCGGCUCUAGUCUCUUUGCUAAUCUCGGUCAAGGAUCCCUGGGCAGCCGGCUCCCACAGCACAGCUGGAGAAGAAACUCCAGAGCUCGCUCAAACCCACUCCAGGAAGGAGGACGAGGGGCCCAAGGAGGGGAAGCAGGAGCGCCCAGGCCAGCCCAGACAUCCUGCAUUGCUGCUCUGUCCCUAGGGCCGCCCCACCCGACCCACCGAGGCCCUGACGAAGAGGCCACGUCCAUCCAAGGAGUGCGGGGUGGCUCCGUGGAGCUGGCCUGUGGCUCCGGACUGGCCCCUCUCGUGGUCUUCUGGAGCUUCACUCCCCUGGGCUCGCUGACGCCCCGGCCCGUGGCUGUCACCAAUGGAGCGGAGUCCAAGGUGGAGGCCGGGGCCUCAGCUCUGGGGGCCGUUAGUCUACGGAACAGCAGCCUGGUGCUGCGGGAGCUGCGGGAGGGGGCCCGAGGCCAUUUCCUGUGCCAGGCCCUGCACGUGGCCGGGGGCCAGCUGCACACCACCUACUCCUACCUCUCGAUGGCCGUGCUGGUGCCCGUAUCAAAGCCUCGGGUGAGGCUGAGUGACCUGUCCCCCGUGGAGGGGACCUCCGUGGUGGCCACAUGUGCUGUCCGGGAGGGCACAGAGCCUGUGACAUUUGCCUGGCAACAUCGGGCACCUCAAGGCCAGGAGGAGGAGCUGGUGGAGGUGACAGAGCGGUGGCUUCGGCUAGACCCGGUCAACAGGACACACCUGGGCUGGUACAUAUGCAGUGCCCACAACGCCGUCAGCCGGCUGAGCAGUGAUGGCACCUUCCUUGAUGUCAUCUAUGGUCCGGACAAUCCUGUGAUCUCCGUGGAGCCACUGGGCUUCAGCGAGGAGGGUUUCUGGGCCAAGGAGAGGGAAGAGGUGACCUUGAGCUGCCUAGCCGGAUCCAACCCCCCGAGUCACUACGUGUGGCUCCGUGACCACACUCAGGUCCACACCGGGCCUGUCUACACCAUCACCAGCGCCACACGCGCCCACACAGGCCUGUACACCUGCCUGGCCCGCAACAGCCGCCUGGACACGCGCACCCAGGCCAGUGCCAGGCUCACCAUCUACUCUGCCCAGCUGCAGUGGGAAGGGCCCCAGGGAGCCAGCCCUACCGCCCUCAGCAACGUCACCUGGAGUCAGCCCGCCACCCAGCUCCCCAACGGCAGCGUUUUCGUCUGUGCUGGCCAGCACCCAGCCCUGGCGCUGCCCGCCCUCUGCAGGAUCACGCUGUGGGAUCCCCUCCAGAGCCCCACUUGCUGGACCACAGCCACAGUCGAAGACCAGUUCAUCAUGCUGAGCUGUGAAUGGCCUGGAGGCCAGCCCCCUGCCCUGCUGAGCUGGCUGGAUGGGCAGCAGCAGCCCCUGGAUGGCAGCAGCCCCUCGCUGGCUGUCCACCUCCUGCAGGCCCAGGAAGACUUGGCUGGCCGAGAGUUCACCUGCCAGGGCACUCACCCACUCAGGGUCCCUGACCCCCAUUGCCAGCUCCAGCUGGAAGCCCCGCAACUGGCAGUGGCUCAGUCCCUGGUGUCUGUGCUGGAAGGCGGAGAGGCCUGGCUGGGCUGCACCCUCCUGAGGGGCAUGCCGCCUGCCCGGCUCCUGUGGCUGGGUCCCCAGCGACAGCAGGUGGAAGGCGGCACCUCUGGAUUCACGCUGCACCCCGAGGGCGCCCAGCUCCACCUUCACCUCCGGGAUGCCGACCCCGCGCGCCACAGGGGCUCCUACCGGUGCGUGGCGCGCAACGCCCUGGGCAGCAGCAGUCGGAGCGUCCUGCUGGAGGUCCGGAGUGAGUCAGGUGUAGCGGGCGCUUGCGUGUGGCGAGGGGCAGGGGCCCCCUAG